AUGGCAGGUGACCAUUUCCCAGCGCAGUAUCGUCCCAACGAGACUGCACUCGAGAUCCUCUCCGAGCAUACAUGGCUCCAAGGUUCUUUCCUCGCAGCUGUCGCCUAUGGUAUUCAGUUCGUCCUCUACGUGAUGGCGAGCUACCUGCUCUGGAUGCACCGUAAUCAGGAUAAAUCGCACAAGAAUAUCUUUCUCAUCCUGUAUAUCUCGGUUAUCUUUAUCCUCUCCACACUCUACAUGGCCGGCCUGCUGCAGUUCACUCAGGAAUCCUUCAUCGAUGGUCGAAUGAUUAAAGGAGGUCCCAACGUCUUUGAGAAUGACAUGUUCUCCCUCCCAGUGGACAUGCUUGCGAAUGUGAUCAUGGUCUUGCUCAGCUGGUUCUGCGACAUCAUUAACGUGUGGCGCUGUUAUGUGAUCUACAAAGGUGGUAGAAUCCAUCCCUGGGUCGUGCUACUCAUACCCGUUCUCCUUUACUUCUCGUCUGUAGCCUUUGGAGUUUUGUUCUUGAAGCAAGUAGGGACGGUAUCACAGUCCCCUUGGGAUGCCACUGGGAUCAAUUUCACGAUUCCUUAUUACACCAUGUCCCUGGCUUUAAACAUUAUCGUCACGAUCCUCAUCGUCCUGCGUCUUUUGAUCUACCGCCAUCGGAUCACGAAAGCCAUGGGUCCAAUGCAUGGCUCUCAAUAUACCUCGCUCGUGGCCAUGGUCGUUGAAUCAGCCGCUAUUUACUCUACGUUCGCGCUCUGCUUCUUGGUGCCAUUCGCAGUCAAAAGUCCUUUGGCUCAGUUGUUCCUGCAAGGGCUGGCCCAAAUACAGGGCGUCUCUACAUUCCUUAUCAUUUUCCGCAUCGCCCAAGGCAAGGGCUGGUCUCACGAUGCGUACACUAACGCUUUGACAACAUCCACUUAUGAUGCUGCAUCCCACACUAUCGGUGGCACUCGGAAGAUUCAAUUCAAGAACUUGAAGUCCAAGUCUACCUUUGGCUCAGGUGAAAGGAGCGCGGAAACGAAUGAGGAUCCUAUAAUGCUCAAGGAUAUGCACCAGAUUUCUUCAACUGCCUCUGACCGUGAAGGUGUUCAGAUUUCAAAGUCCGUCUUGAUCCAGGAGAGCGUUUGA